AUGUCUUCAUCUAACUUAACGCCCGAUCGAGUUUUAAUUGUGGAUAAACGUCUUGCACCAACUAAUGUCGAACAAUUUCAUUUCGUUCAACUCACUCAUCCUCGUACGAAACAGGAACAAUCUUAUGCUGUCGAUCAUCAAUCUCAAACAGUCUUUGAACUUGUUCGAAGUGUUCGUUCACAUUCGAGUUGGUUUAUUAAUGAUCAACAUGUAUUGCCAGAUGGAUCUUUGUAUAUAGUUACGCCAGUCAAUUUAAUAUUUCUUUUAUUACCUACACUUUGGUCUCAUGCUCGUAAAAGUUUUCUUUCAUUAAAAACAAUUAUGACUGAUUCACUUCAACAAUUACAAUUAGAUGAUGAUGUUGUUAUUGAAAAACUUCGUCCUAUUUGUGAUAUUGAUCUUGGUAAACAUUCAAUCAAAUUAAAUGAAGAAAAGUUCAUCGUAUGGCUUCGAGAUCGAAUCGAUCGACUUAAAAAACUUGUCAAAGAUGAAGAACAUGCAUUUGAUCUCGUUUGUGAAUAUUUAACCGAUGAUAUUGUUGAAUAUUGCCAGCAGGAAUUAAAACUUCAUGGAAAUGUACGAUACGAUAUUCCCAUUGGUACACAUUAUCUUCUUAAAAAACGCGGUUCAAUACAAACGAAAGCUAAAAUUAACUAUUCUACCAAUGAUAAUGAUUUAUCCGUGACAACAAUUGAUCACGCAAAACAAGUUCUAUUUGAACAUUAUGCCAAUAAAAGUCAAGCAAACGUUCCUCGUGAAUUCCAUCAGAUACAAAAGAAAUCCAAUUGUAUAUUUGCUAAACGAGCGCGAUGUUGGACUGCACCACAUUGGCUUGACAAUCUAUCAAUCGACGAUAAUUGUGAACGACUGUUAGCGAGUUUUAUUCUCUUCUGUGCAUUUGUAAAAGAUAUAUCCAUAGAUGGUUAUGCGAUUGAAAUUCCUCAUAAUCAUGCAACAGCAACUAUUGAAGAUUUCGGACAAAUAUUCCAGCAAAUUCUUCGUUUUCUUUCCGAUCAUGAUCCAGCGAAACGACAUUGUAUGAACGUUUCACCAUCACGUAUUGGUCAAAACGGUUGGGUAUUUGAAUUCGAUCGUAUUACUUUUUUUAUCACAACAUUUACACCUCAUUAUCCUGAAACACAUCCACGAUAUUCUCAUGGUUUUAAUAAUUAUUGUCACAUUCUAUUUCAACCUGAACUUUCAUUUCUUCGGCAUAAUUUACCUGAUGAUACUUCAGAUACAAAUUGGAUUGAACCAAUCACAAGUCGAGAUAAAAUUCGUGUCGCAUUUCGAGAUCAUGGAAGAGAAUAUCCUAUUCGGCCGACUAUUUAUUAUCCACCAUCUCACGAUAUGAUUAGGCCAUUGAGCAAUGAUUUAGCGGAUAUUGUUGAAUGGUGGCUUUGA